GGCACCAUGAGCGGCCGAGUCGGGAACCUGAGCACCCAGCAGCAGGAGGCGCUGGCCAGGUUCCGAGAUAACCUCCAGGACCUGCUACCCGCCCUGCCCAAUGCUGAUGACUACUUCUUCCUGCGCUGGCUUCGAGCUCGGAACUUUGACCUGCAGAAAUCUGAGGGCAUGCUCCGGAAGCACAUGGCGUUCCGGAAGCAACAGGACCUGGACAACAUCCUCAAGUGGCAGCCCUCAGAGGUGAUCCGGCUGUACGACUCAGGUGGUCUGUGUGGCUACGACUAUGAAGGCUGCCCCGUGUGGUUCGACAUCAUUGGGACGCUUGACCCCAAGGGUCUCCUCCUGUCAGCCUCUAAGCAGGAGCUGAUCCGGAAGCGGAUCAAGGUCUUAGAGCUGCUUUUGCAGGAGUGUGAGCUGCAGAGUCAGAAGCUGGGCAGGAAGGUAGAGACGGUCCUGAUGGUGUUCGACAUGGAGGGGCUGAGCCUGAGACACCUGUGGCAGCCAGCUGUGGAGGUCUACCAGCAGUUUUUUGCCAUCCUGGAGGCGAAUUAUCCUGAGACACUGAAGAACUUAAUUAUUGUUCGAGCUUCCGAGGGAGUUUCAUGUGUUCCAGCCCCCAAGCUGUUCCCUGUGGCCUUCAACUUGGUCAAAUCAUUCAUGAGUGAGGAGACUCGAAGGAAGAUAAUGAUUCUGGGAGGCAACUGGAAGCAGGAGCUGCCAAAGUUCAUCAGCUCCGACCAGCUGCCCGUGGAGUUCGGGGGGACCAUGACUGACCCUGACGGCAACCCCAAGUGCUUGACCAAGAUCAACUACGGGGGCGAGGUGCCCGAGAGCUACUACCUGCACAACCAGGUGAGGGUCCAGCACGAGCACACAGUGGCCGUGGGCCGCGGCUCCUCCCUGCAGGUGGAGAACGAGAUCCUGUUCCCGGGCUGUGUGCUCAGGUGGCAGUUUGCGUCAGAAGGGGCAGACAUCGGCUUUGGGGUUUUCUUUAAGACCAAGAUUGGGGAGCGGCAGCGGGCAGGGGAGAUGACGGAGGUGCUGCCCAGCCAGCGCUACAAUGCCCACAUGGUGCCCGAGGAUGGCAGCCUCACCUGCCACAAGGCCGGCGUCUACGUCCUGCGCUUCGACAACACCUACAGCCUGAUGCGCGCCAAGAAGGUCAGCUACACCGUGGACGUGCUGCUCCCCGACAGGGCCUCUGAGAAGAAGAUUCAGAGUCUUGAAGUGGCGAGACCGUCCCCAGUGCAAUGAAGGCUCCUGCUGCUCCUAUGCCUGUGCUCCAGCCCCUUUGCACCCACUCCCUGUCCUCUGCCUUCCCAGGCAGGGUGGCGCUGGAGGUGACCGCAGAGAGCUGUGUGCCCCACACGGCCUCCUCAGCUCCUUGGGGGCCCACCUGGCCCAGUGGCCAAGCAGCAUGUAGGCCUCCCUGAGGAUUCGGACAGGGACCCCGUCUACUGAUUGCAGAAAUAAGAACCCCGAGGAUGAACCUCUGAGGAGGGUCUGGCCUAUAGAAGCUGCCCUUGUAUCCCUCCUAACAAGGUCCACCCAUUGUGGGACUCCACCACACCUGGCAUCCCAGCCUGGGAGCACGUGCAUGGG